ACUUUAGAAGCUGCGGUCGGGUUGUUGCGUGGGAAGAGGGGGCGUUUGAAGAGUCGGACCGCGGCGUUUUUCUACAGGAGCAAAAUGGCGGGGGGCAAGCCGGGCGCGGGGGCUGCGACUCCCCAAUUGGUGCGCGACAAGCGGUUGGUGUGCGUCGAGUAUCCCGGCGUGGUGCGGAACGAGGACAAGAUGCUGCAGACUCUGGGGGGCGAAGAGGGAGUCUCUCGGGUCUACGCUGACCCUAACAGAAGGCUUGAGCUCUACUUCCGCCCCAAGGACCCCUACUGCCACCCCGUGUGCGCCAACCGCUUCCCUACGUCUUCCAUGCUGCUUAAAGUGAGAAGGACCACUAGGAGGAAGCGGACAGAAGCCGGAGAGUCUGAGCAAGACGUCCAGUUUGAAGUAGAGAUUCUCGGGAUUGUCAACACCGUCUAUAAGUUUCAAGGGAUGUCUGAUUUCCAGUAUUUGGCAAUGCACUCUGGACCUGAGGGCAAGCACACUUCCAUGUAUGACAAAGUGUUGAUGCUCAAGCCGGAGAAAGAGGAGUUCUUCAUGAACGACCUGCCGCUCUACAUCCCUCCACCCAUUUUCUCACGCUUGGACACUCCUGCGGAUUAUUACUACCGGCCGGAAAUAAGGCAUAGGGAAGGAUAUCAUAACCCCCCAUUGUCCAGCGAGAACCUGAUAGGACUCAGCCGGGCCCGUCGGCCCCACAACGCUGUCUUUGUCACCUUCGAGGAUGAAGAGAUCCCUGCAAAACCACUCGAUGCAGCUGAGCAGACCUGGAAGAGAGUUUGCAGCAACGCCCUCGAUCACAAAGCAGAAGAAGAACUGAGAAAACUCUUUGAGGUCCGUCCUAUCUGGUCUCGCAAUGCCGUGAAGGCCAAUAUUAGCAUUCAUCCGGACAAACUGAAGUUUCUCCUGCCCUACUUGGCGUACUACAUGUUAACAGGGCCCUGGAGAAGCCUGUGGGUUCGCUUUGGUUAUGAUCCCAGAAAACAUCCAGAGGCAAAGAUCUACCAGGUCCUGGACUUCAGAAUUCGCUGUGGAAUGAAAUAUGGGUAUGCUCCAAAUGACAUGCCGGUGAAAGCGAAACGCAGCACGUACAACUACAGCCUGCCCAUCACUGUGAAAAAGCCAGCAAGUCACACGGUCGGCAUCCAAGACCUAAAGCAAGGACUGAGCACAUCUGGGACCCCCAGCCCAAGAAAGCCAGCUUUUAGCAAGUACAAACUGAAGGAUUCGAUUUACAUCUUCCGAGAAGGAUCCUUGCCUCCCUAUCGACAGAUGUUCUAUCAGCUCUGUGACUUGAACGUGGAAUGCUUGCAGAAGAUCAUCCACAGGAACGACGGUACGGAGGCAGUGUGCACGGAGCGGGAUGGAUGGUGCUUUCCCAAGACCACUGACGACCUGAGGGAUACCAUGUCUCUCAUGAUCAAGCAGAUCAUCCGUUCCAAAAGGCCAGCUCUCUUCACCACUGUGUCAAACGCUGAAGAGGGCAAAGAGCAGCUCACCUUUGAAUCCGGGGAGGAGGAGGAGGAAGAGGAGGAGGAGGAGGAAGAAUUCAAGCCCUCCGACGGGAGCGAAAAUGAAAUGGAAACAGAGAUUCUGGAUUACGUGUGAUUCCUCCAGAACUGACGUUGCCGACCUCUUGCUGGGGGGGAGGGCUUUGGCUUCCCUGAUCCCAGCACUUUGCCAGCGAACUCACUCCAUCAGCAGGCCUGAUCUGACAUAUGCCGAUCCGCCUCUUUCCAUCUCUGAUGAAUAUUGAGGUUUGUCCAAAGCUGAAUUGGCCAGUGUGGAGUCGCUGGAAUCGGCCCCUGAGCCUGGGCGUCUUCGUGUCCCCCCUGGGCCUUGCUUUUUCCCUGUUUCUUUGCAAGUGUGCGUCAUCUUCAGCGGCCUGCAGCCUGCUUUCUUCCGCGUGCCUCUCCGCUGCGUCUCAGCCUGCUGUUGCCUUGGACCAACCAGGGGAUGAGGACAUUUGAUUCCAACGCUGACCCUUUCAGAUGUGCUCCUGAGGCAGCUGCUGUGUCUGUCACACUAACGUCGGCCUUCUGGAUCGCUGAACACCGGCGAGAGAAGCACAUGUUAGCACUCUUGCUGUGCGGACUUCAGGAACAGAGUUGAUUAAAGAAAGGGGGCUUCGGGUUCGUGUAACGGGGGCUCCCGAUGGUCCUAGUGCCUCCCCUGCUUUUCGAAACAAACCGAGCUUUCUAAAACCUGCUCUUGUCUCGAUGUUGCCUUUUCCUCUUAAAAAAGACUGAGCCUCCAAAAACAUUUUGUCCAAGGGCAGUUACAUUCUUUUAUACAUGCAUGUUCAAAGUGUUUUGUCCCGUGUCUUUAGCUGCAGCUUCUAGGAGGCGAUUAAAAUGUUGACAAGGAAUUUAAA